AUUCCAUAAUGGGUACAACACCUAUUUUGUCGCGGAAUUGCAUAUCUCGAACAUUUGCAUGUUACUGAAAGCCGCCACUGUACAUGAUUGGUAGGUAGACCACUUCAACCAAAAAAGAAAAUACAUACCCCUUUUCCAGCUCCUACUAUGUAAGAAUUCAUCACAACUUCUCCCUGACAACAAUAUUGACAAACAAAAGCCGUUCGAUAUGGCCCGAUUUGAUGACCUACCCCCGGAAUUGCGCGCAGCAAUAUGAAAUUUACUCUCCCUGAGGAUGAAAACGCGAUAUACAUAUUCAAUUCAGACUGGGCAGAUCAAUUCUUCCCAUCGAAGACUCCAGGGCCUAAUACUGUGGACAAUCCAAAUAUAUGCCUUCCUGCCCGUAUUCAGGUUCCUAUUCCUGCAAUAUAUGAUGUUUGCAGAGACGCUCACCCUGUUGUCCAUCGUUGGAUGGCCAAGAACAACAUCGAAUGGUAUGAUCGCCAGGAAACGGGAGAAGAUAUUCUUGUCCGGCCAUUUGAUGUUCAGAGCGAUAUACUCUACGUGCCUCAAAAUGACUGGGAUAUCUUUGAAGGGUUCGUCAAUAGCGAUGAGCGUGACCUCGAGGAGCACCAGAACAUGCGCAACAGCAUCAUCAACCUCGCUGUGUCAGCCGACACCAUGUCAAGAUUUGACAAUGCUGAAGACAUCGCGAGACUCAUGCUACGGGCACCCAACCUCAACAAGAUAGACACAAUGGACUGAGACAGUUCAAGAAGGACUAUCUGCGAAAUUGGCAGAAGCAAAUAAAUGAGAUUUGGCAGAUAUUGACGGAUGGUUUCCCCGAGAUUGCUCACAGCGUUACCAAGGAGCUCAAGGUGCCCAGAGUUGAUGUAACCAUCAUGCAGGUGCCUACUUGGGAUAUUGUGAGGUAACAUCAGGAUAGUGAUGGACAAGGCGUUGAAAGCAACCAUAGAUAGACUGGACAAACAAUACUUCGCGUGAGAAAGACCACGCAG